AAAAACCAGAAUAAAUUAAUAAGAAUGAUAAGAUUAAUAUUUAAUCCAAAAAGAUUUUGCCAAUAACUUCAUAAUUGUACAUUGUUCCUCCAAAACUGCACGUGCGUAUCGCUUCUUGCACCGUCACCCAAAUGUCAAUAUUUAAUUGCCUAGAAAAAAACAGGUGAAGCCAAUUAACUCUGAUUAGCACCUCCGAGUUUCCCUCUAGCCCGGCUAAUGUUAGAAUAAAGAGAAUUGUAUUAUCCCCGCCGAUGCCAAUCAACGUAAGUGCGGCCGACCUUUCAGUCAGCAAGUGAUCUUCGAUCCUUACAGAUGAGCAUGCAAAGUAGCUCAAAUUUGUCGCGAAUGUCCUCAUUUAUACAUUUCGCGAUUCCGCCGUUUGUUUACGCUAAACUCAAAUCUGACUAAUGAUCUGACGAAGUACACUUCCAAAGCUUUCGUCAUCCGCUUAUCAUAACAGCUGGCGUAGAAAGUUACGAAUGCGCUCGCUAAGUAAGGUGCUUCUUAGUUCAGUCUCGUAGCUCUUGCAGUGCAUAACUCGUGCUUUUUUUCAGUGAGAUCAAUAUCUUUUUUCCAUCCAGCAGGCAAAAUAAUUUAUUUUUAAGAUAAUUUAACGUGUUACUAUUUUAGACAGUUCCGACUUCGGGCUAGUUCUAAGAACGCCGAUUUUAGUUUUUGUGUUCAACUGUGUUGAUUCUUCGUUCCUUUUUAGAUUCGUUAUAUUCGUCGUAAAUAGAUAAUGAUGGAUAACUCAAUUAAUUAUUGAUAAAUAUUAAUCGACAUUGUUAAAUUCGGAUUAUCUUCUACUUGACGCUGAAAUUUCCACUGCAAAAAUAUUAACAUUUUUUAUAGAGAAUACAUUAAUUUCAAUAACAAUUUAUUAUCCGUUAAAUAAGAAACAUAUUGUAUCUUAAAUUGCAGAAAAGUGACAGAUUAUAUAAUUAAUAGAAACAAACGAGACAAAAUUAAUUCAAAGAAAAAAUUGAUUUGUAAAAAUUGCCUAGAGAUGCAUUUUUUGACAUCGAUUUAAACACGAAAUAUUAUAUUACGUUCCGUACACGUUAUUUAUAACGCUAAUACAAAUCAAAUUUACGGUGAAGCCACAGCGUUUAUGGUGGACCUAGUUGAGCGCGCACACGAAAUAGUCCAAAUUGUAGGUCCAUUUCGGUUCAUUUCGCCGAAAAUAGAUCUAUCGACGGUGCGUCGAAUAAGAAGAAAUGGCAGCUUUGCAAAAAUAUUUGUCUUCCAGAGCUGCCUCGUAUGUUUCGGCAUCCCACGCGAGAAUCUUCGUGGUAUUCUUUUUCUAUCUACGCGCGGUUGGCAAAUCACGAUGUUUGUAUAACGAUUCCGAAGGAUUAAAGAAUCAAUUAAAUACAGUUAAACAUAAAAGCGAGAAUUAAAAUCGACGUUUGCUAGAAUGAAAAAUUAAGAUUUUUUUAAAGCCCGUUAAAAUAAUAAUUAAUAUUAAUUAAUAAAUAAUACUUAAUCGCACCACGACUUGAAAUAAAACUUUACUUCGCUUCGGGAAUUAAUAGAAGUAAUAAAACGAUAAAUUUAACUCUGGCAGCCCAUAAACUUAUAAAAAAAAAUUGAACAUAGAUCAAGCUCAUAAAAUCCGUCUUAAUUUUUCAGAUGAACUCAUCCUCAUACGUCACAAGCUGUAGUCAUUAAAAAAUGAACGGAAAAAGAAUACUUCUUUCACAAACAUGAAAUGAAGUCUGUGCCAUUGUAACUUCGGCUAUCGUUUCACGACGAGCAAGUAUAAACGUGCAUUGAGAACUCUUCUUUAAUUAGCAGUUUGACUAGAAAAGAAAAGAGGCGUUGGUUAAACCGAAUCAUGAAUACGAAAAGCGCGGAGGCUUGGCUGGCUUGGCUGUAUAUCGGUUCCAUGCUGCUCUCCGUCACGUCUGUCGUCUCGCUGGUGACCGCAUGGCAGCAUUGGGCAUGGACGCUGGACACUUGCAUCGGCAUCGAUUGCGGCUGCAUAUUGUACGGCAUCAAUACGUUCAAUACCUUUAUCGGUGGCGACGUGAAACUGUGUCACUUCGCUACAUACUGCCUCGUGCCGGGCAUCAUAAUCGGCUUGUGCCUCGGCGGUUAUCACGGAUACAGGUGUUGCGUACAUAAGGAUCUGGACAGUCCUAAGCGCAUGAGCCGUGGACGAGUGUACCACGACGACAGCAAUCUUAAUAAUAACGGAGAGACUGUUGUGGUUACCGUGAAACGAAGAGCCGGUUUUAAACAAUGGAUACCAAUCGCUUUCCUCACGGCGCUCAUCUGCUGCUUGUCUCUCGCCCACGCGGUCGUGAUAACCGAUGGCUAUUACAAAACUUGCAAUCACUACAGACGAAAUCUCAUUCAGCUCUUAGGCUCGAGAGCCAGCGAAAUUCGGGUGAUUCACAAUAGGCUCCCUUGCGGUGCGAUUUUCGAUUACAUGGAUUAUCUCCAGCCGGAUACCAACAAUUGGAGACGUGCCAGCGAGAUUAAUACAGGAUUCGCGCUCCAGCUGGCAAUCUGCGCGAGCUGGUUCACUUUUUUCGCUUGGUUCCUCGCCUGCUUGAUAAACUUCAGCAUGGCGAGAAGGAGGCUGCACAGCAUAGGAGAGAAAUUUUGCUAUUGCUGCUGACGUCCUCGCUGUAAAUUAAUCAUGAUAUGUUAAUAUAAGCAUUACACGGUUAUUACAGUACAAUUUUUAUACAGUUCAGGUUGGCAAAGUAAUGCGACCGAACACGGAUGUCCAAUUAAUGCAUUUUAACGGUAUACAUUUUAUUUAUGCAUUUUAUACAGAGAUAGUGUCUUCAAUACCUAUUUUCUCUAAUAAUUCAAGACUCAUCCGCUGCCGUGGAAAAUAAUCGCGUUCCUCUCUCGUACUCUAUUUAGUCGCAUUCUUUUUAUACAUUUUUUACACACAAUUCGCGUUACUAUAUUACACAUUGUGUACAUCGGAACAAUAUUUCGGAUCGUCCUAAGAACAGAAUGUCCGCACCUGUCGUAUAAACGGACGCGUCAUCUCUUUGUGUUAGUUUCUGAGACGUGAUAAUUGCUGAUCGCGUGUGUGUUAACAAAUCUCUCACUCUGUACAAAUAAUAAUAUAUAAUGAAGGAUGCAACGAAAAUACUGUGACACCUGUUAGCGCAGGCAGUGAUAAAAUUUAAGUAUGAGCUGAUAAAAGCAUGCCUGUAAGCAUUCGCGUGACAUUUGCUUCACUUCCUGCGUGUGUGUAUGAAAGAAAAACAAAGAGAACCUACAAACCAACAAUAAUAAAUAACAAUAUACGAACAUUGAAAGAAGGAAUGUAUCGUAUCAACGCUAUAUAUAUGUUUAGUAUAGCUAUAAGAGUUUAUACAAUUGAAUCGCAUCUUCUUAGGACGUUAAAUUAAAGACAAAAAUGCUUGGUGUGUUUCUUAGCGCCUACUUUGCUCUAUUUUACAGUGCACAGAAUGACGGAGAGAAUUUUCACGUUUGGAAUAGCAACGCUUCUCUCUCUCGCGUGUUCAAUAAAUACAUUCAAAUAAUUCGACUUCGCGUCAAAUUCAAGGCGGUUCGCCGAAAUUGAAACAUUUAACUCUACCUGCAUACGUAAAUAACUCUCAUUAUUUUUGCGAUAGCAUCAAAGAUUGCUUCUACUUCGCUAUAUAGAUUACAUAUUUUUCACCGUUACAUAUAGGAACUAAAAACGGAAAACAACUUUUCAAAUACACUAUCCCUUACAUGUACAAAUACAAUUGACUCUGUUUUUUUAUUUUUCAAUCUUAUAAUACUAUCAGCUUUUAUACUACACGACAGCAAAGACUGCAAAGCUUGCAACGCUACUUCAUAAAGGAAGGCACCUAAUCAUACGAGCUAGUAUCUACAAAAUUAUGUUACAUCUCUUUUCAUAUGUAUAAUGCGUGCGCGUAAGAACACGUAGAUUACAAACAUCUUCUUUUAUAAUAUUGUCACAUCUUUUUACAAUGAACUAGAUCCUGUCCGUAGACUCGAUUAGAAAGGCGCAAGAUAUUAGCAGUACAAAGAGUUCCGAUUCAAGUCAUUCCAAAAGUUAUAAAAUUCCGUCAUAUUAAAUUCAUUGGUAAGUCGAACAGUUUACAAUUCAAUGUGAUAGAAAUGAAUAUUAGUAAAUGUUCCUGCUAAAUACUAAUAUCGCUUCUACUGCUCGUACAUUUUAUUUAACAGUCCCGAUUUGUGACGGGUGCGAGUUGCGUCGUUAGUGUUCAUUUCAGAUGAGUUGAUCUGUGAAUUAUAGCGCUAUCGAGUUUAUAAGCAGUUACUUAAACGAGACAUAGUCAUCUUAGAACGAUUCGAUUGUUAAUCGAGACUGUUAAACAAUAAGUCAGUCUUACAAGAUAAGGCCAAUUCGUUGCGCGAAUACUCUACUCGCUCUUUCACGACAAAUAUUCACGAGUCACGUGAAUGCUAUUAUCUGCGCCUUUAUAAUAUCGAACUCCGUAAUUCUGUAUGCGUUACGUUUAAUCUUCACGAGGAAUACUUCGUUACGAUCUCUUCACCGAGAGACGAUAAAUACAUAAAAACUUCUCCUCCCCCCCAUCGAGCCCUGCGAUUGAAUUACACAUUUACAGGUUUAUAUGUAUAUAGUAUAGUUUCAGAUAACUUUUCUUAGAAAAAUUGCUUUGUAAGAACUAGUAGAUUGUACUAGUAGAAAUCUACAAAUUUUUUAAAGUACAAACGUAGUGAAAAGACUUAGCUGCAAAAAUA